CAGCAUCCUCUGGCCCCGCAGAAGCAGCUGACAUGCCUGUCUCCAAGUGCCCACAUAAGUCGGAGCCCCUGUGGAAGGGAUGGGACCGGAAGGCCCAGAAGAAUGGACUGAGGCACCAGGUGUAUGCUGUCAAUGGCGACCGCUAUGUGGGUGAGUGGAAGGACAACAUGAAACACGGGAAAGGAACGCAGAUCUGGAAGAAGAAAGGAGCCAUCUAUGAGGGGGACUGGAAGUUUGGGAAGCGAGAUGGCUAUGGCACCCUCAGCCUUCCUGACCAAGAGACGGGAAGGCACAGGAGAGUAUACUCGGGCUGGUGGAAGGGCGAUAAGAAAUCGGGCUAUGGGAUGCAGUUUUUCGGACCCAAGGAGUAUUACGAGGGUGAGUGGUGUGGCAACCAGCGCAGCGGGUGGGGCCGCAUGUACUACAGCAAUGGCGACAUCUACGAGGGCCAGUGGUGCAACGACAAGCCAGAAGGGGAGGGCAUGUUGCGCCUGAAGAAUGGAAACCGCUACGAGGGCUCCUGGCAGAGAGGCAUGAAGAACGGCCCGGGACGUUUCUUCCACCUGAACCACGGUCAGCUGUUUGAAGGCUUCUGGGUGGACAACGUGGCCAAGUGUGGCACGAUGAUUGACUUUGGCCGUGAUGAGGCCCCUGAGCCCACCCAGUUCCCCAUUCCUAAGGUCAAAAUUCUCGACCCCGAUGGUGUGCUGGAAGCAGCUUUGGCCAUGUUCAAGAAGACAGAGGAGGAAGAAGAGGAAUGACGCCAGAGAACACCAGAGCUUGGAAGAAAUUCAAGCCCACAUCACCCAACUGCUCAGACCGGUGCGGCUCCUGGAGGAGCCAGUGGUGACUCUGGGCGCAGCCUGGCACCCUCAAAGGGCACGCACUCCUUCCAGCACUGGAUUGUUCUUCACCCACAGGGGCCAGUGCUUCUCUCCCCGGCUGGCCUCGGGGACCCUCUCAUUACAGCCUUCAUUCUAGGACCCCAUCUCUGAGUGUACGAGAAUAAAGGAGAAUCU